AUGAGGGGCCUUCUGUGCUGGUCAGCGCUGGUGUUGCUGCUCCUUGCCCAGCCCUGGGAAGCCCAGCCCCAGUUCACAGGUCCCAAGUGCCACACUGGGCCGCUGGAUUUGGUGUUCGUGAUCGACAGCUCCCGCAGCGUGCGCCCCUUGGAGUUCGAGACCAUGCGGCGCUUCCUGGUGGGCCUCGUCCGCAGCCUGGAUGUGGGGCCCAACGCCACGCGCGUCGGCGUGAUCCAGUACUCCAGUCAGGUGCAGAGCGUCUUCCCCCUCGGCGCCUUCUCGCGCCGCGAGGACAUGGAACGCGCCCUGCGCACCCUGGUGCCGCUGGCGCAGGGCACCAUGACCGGGCUGGCGAUCCAGUACGCCAUGAACGUGGCCUUCAGCGUGGCCGAAGGCGCGCGCCCCCCGGAGGAGCGCGUGCCGCGCGUGGCCGUCAUCGUGACCGACGGGAGGCCCCAGGACCGCGUGGCCGAGGUGGCGGCCCAGGCACGCGCGCGCGGCAUCGAGAUUUACGCUGUGGGGGUGCAGCGCGCCGACGUGGGCUCCCUGCGCGCCAUGGCGUCCCCGCCGCUGGAUGAGCACGUCUUCCUGGUGGAGUCCUUCGACCUCAUCCAGGAGUUUGGCCGGCAGUUCCGGGGCCGCCUGUGUGCCAUUGACCCGUGUGCCGAAGGGACCCACGGCUGUGACCACCACUGCGUCAGUUCCCCGGGCUCCUAUUUCUGUCGCUGCCAGGCUGGCUUCGUGCUCCUGCAGGACCAGAGGAGCUGCAGGGCUGUGGACCCCUGCAGCCUUAGCAACCACAGCUGUCAGCACGAGUGUGUCAGCACUCUCGACGGGCCCCACUGCCGCUGCCCAGACGGUCACGACCUGCAGCCAGACGGGAGGAGCUGUCGCAUCCGAGACCUUUGCAACAGCGUGGACCAUGGCUGCGAGUUCCAGUGCGUGAGUGAGGGCCUCUCCUACCGCUGUCUGUGCCCCGAGGGGCAGCCACUUGAGGCAGAUGGCAAGAGCUGUAGCCGGUGCCGGGAAGGUCACGUGGACCUGGUUUUGCUGGUGGAUGGCUCCAAGAGCGUUCGCCCCCAGAACUUCGAGCUGGUCAAGCGCUUCGUGACGCAGAUCGUGGACUUCCUGGACGUGUCCCCCGAGGGCACGCGCGUCGGGCUGGUGCAGUUCUCCAGCCGCGUGCGCACCGAGUUCCCGCUGGGCCGCUACGGCACCGCGGCCGAGCUGAAGCAGGCGGUGCUGGCCGUGGAGUACAUGGAGCGUGGCACCAUGACCGGGCUGGCGCUCAGGCACAUGGUGGAGCACAGCUUCUCCGAGGCCCAGGGCGCGCGGCCCCGCGCUCUCAACGUGCCUCGCGUGGGCCUGGUCUUCACCGACGGCCGCUCCCAGGACGACAUCUCAGUGUGGGCGGCGCGUGCCAAGGAGGAAGGCAUCGUCAUGUACGCGGUGGGCGUGGGCAAGGCGGUGGAGGAGGAGCUUCGCGAGAUCGCCUCGGAGCCCGCGGAGCUGCACGUGUCCUACUCGCCAGACUUCAGCACCAUGACGCACCUGCUGGAGACUCUCAAAGGCAGCAUCUGCCCGGAGGAGGGCGUCGGCGCCGGGACGGAGCUCCGGAGUCCCUGCGACUGCGACAGCCUCGUGGAGUUCCAGGGCCGCGCGCUGGGGUCGCUCGAGAGCCUGACGCACAGGCUGGCCCAGCUGACGGCGCGCCUGGAGGACCUGGAGAGCCUGCUGGCCGGCCACAAGUGA